AAAAAGCUUGAGGUUUGAAGGGAAACGGCGGCAGCUAAACUUGGCGGUACUGUGCGAGGGCGUCUGGUAACAUACGCUUUAUUAAUGAAAGUUUUGUCGGAUACAUGGAGUUAUUAUACCAUGAGGACAUCCCUAUCGAUCUAAUAACAGAGCAACUUAUUGGAUGUAAAUGUGAAAAUAUCUGCCGCCUAGAAGACAAUUGUACUUGCUUAUCGAGAUCUGGAAUGUCAUAUGAUAUGAAUGGUUUACUGACUAAUUUUAUGAAUCCAGUUUUUGAAUGCAACAGUGAAUGUGUUUGUAGUCAAUCAUGUACUAAUCGAGUCGUCCAAAGAUAUUUAAAAGAUGCUGAGUCUACAUUUGAGUCUGAGUACCAUACGAAAACUUAUGUAACUAAUCACCCGGUUAUGGGUAGAGGUUUAAAAGCAGCUUGUGAAAUCCAACGUGGGGAACUCGUUUGUGUUUAUUUGGGUGAAGUAAUUCCAUAUAAAGAAGCUUGCCUAAGAGAAGCUUUUCAACUUUCAUGUUAUGGUCGCAAUUUUAUCAUGAUAAUGCGUGAGUAUAGUGACCAUCAUCUUGUGUCAGAGACAUGUGUUGACGGGAAUUCCGAAUCGUUGGGUUCAGUAAAGUCGAAAGCACGCCUAAUUAACCAUUCUUGUACACCUAAUCUAACAGUAGUUCCUGUUCGAGUUGAUAGUUUCAUUCCCUAUUUAGCAUUAUUUGCUAACACAGUUAUCUUUGAAGGUACACAACUGUCAUAUGAUUAUGCUCAGUCUGUGCCCAGCGACAAAAUACGAUUAUCCAACACGCUUUGUUUAUGUAGCUCGGACUCCUGUCGAGUAUACAUGCCUGGUGUAUAAGUAUAGUUCAUUUAAAAGAAAUCGAAGUGUCUCAAAUCAGUUUAAAAGCAUGCAGUUGUCAAAAAUAUCUUGGUGGUUAUUGAAUAUAUUGUGAGUUAGUACGGGGAUAUUUGUGCAUAAAGUCAUCUUUCGCUGGGUUGUACGAAUUCGCUUUGAUCACCGGACUUGCGGAACGAUACUUUUGUUAUUCAAAGCUACCUGUUCACAAAAUCAUGAUAUUAAUGUAGGUGAAUUGUGUGUUUUUCUUGUUAGGACAGGAUAAAACUCGAUAUAAUACUGUAAUUCAAUGUAGUAUUCAUGUGGUAUUUGUACAGAAUAACAUCCUUUUGUACUAAUUUACUAUGACAUUAUUUCACUAUGAUACUCGGCAUUCUUUUGCUUUAGUUUACUGUGACAUUUACAAAGCUUGUCAGUUUGCAUAAUUUCACUUUUUAUUCCUACUAUUUCAGUAUUGAUUUUUGUUGAUGAUUUGUCAAAUGUCAGUAAAAUAUGUUGAUAAAUGUAUAUAUUUGGUUAGUGAGGG